AAUCCAGCAAAACCGUUGAAAGAUAGUGGACACCCAAACCUCACACUUUCUCAGAGUUGGGAAACACCGAGGCUUGCCCCUGCCCUCUUCCCCAACUAUCUGUAUGAUAUAGAGAGAGAGAGCGGGAGGGAAAGAGGUAGAUAUUCGUGCUUACCCUAACACCAAAAAUCAAUUUGACUAAUUGUCCCCCUCCUCUCUUAUUUUUCCUUAUACGGUUUUCACAAUAACCUUCAAUUGUGGUGAGAUAACUUCUGUGACGGGGCAGCAUGGGUUGCGCUGGAUCGCGUGAUAAAUUAGAUGAAACUUCGAAGAAGAUACGGAAACCAAAGGCAUGGAAGCACUCAGAAGCCAUAACCAGAGAACAGCUAACGAAGAUGCGUGAGGAGUUCUGGGACACUGCUCCGCACUAUGGUGGUAGGAAAGAGAUCUGGGAUGCUCUCCGGGCUGCGGCUGAAGCUGAUUUGACUCUUGCCCAAACAAUUGUGGAUAGUGUUGGCAUUAUUAUUCAAAAUCCCGACUUAACAAUCUGCUACGAUGAAAGAGGUGCAAAAUACGAGUUGCCCAAAUAUGUUGUGAGCGAGCCUACAAAUCUGAUUCGUGACAGUCGAAAAGAUACCAGUAAUACGUAAAUUGGCCUCGUUGUGAUUCUUGUUUCUAAAUGCAUCAUCCCACUUAAAUUCCUUCUCAAUUGCAAAUUUUCAAUGUACUGAAUAUCUAGUAUGAAGCUCUUGGCAUUAUACAAUUUUGCUUUGGAUGAUUGAACCACAACCACCUAAUGUUCUCUCUUUUGGCUUA